AAAUACUUUUAUUUCUUCCAGGUGGUUGGUUCUAGCUAUUGCCAUGGUACGUUUUUAUAUGGAAAAAGGAACACACAAAGGUUUAUACAAAAGUAUUCAGAAGACACUUAAAUUUUUCCAGACAUUUGCCUUGCUCGAGAUAGUCCACUGUUUAAUUGGAAUUGUACCUACUUCUGUGAUUGUGGCUGGGGUCCAAGUGAGUUCAAGAAUCUUUAUGGUGUGGCUCAUUACUCACAGUAUAAAACCAAUCCAGAAUGAGGAGAGCGUGGUGCUUUUUCUGGUCGCGUGGACUGUGACAGAGAUCACUCGCUAUUCCUUCUACACAUUCAGUCUUCUCGACCACUUGCCAUACUUCAUUAAAUGGGCCAGAUACAAUUUUUUUAUCAUCUUAUAUCCCGUCGGAGUUGUCGGUGAGCUGCUUACGAUAUAUGCCGCCUUACCGUAUGUGAAGAAGACGGGAAUGUUUUCGAUAAGACUUCCUAAUAAAUACAAUGUCUCUUUUGAUUACUACUAUUUUCUUCUUAUAACCAUGGCCUCAUAUAUACCAUUGUUCCCACAACUCUAUUUUCAUAUGUUACGCCAGAGAAGAAAGGUGCUCCACGGAGAGGUGAUUGUAGAAAAGGAUGAUUAAACUAUGCCCGUGAACAAGGUGCUUUUUCCAGAGUAACCAGGAUUACUUGAGUCCAAGUUUUAAUAACAAGAAUAAACAACUUUUUGAAAUACUACA